GGAUUUUCUUUUAUGAUAGAGAGAAAGGAAACUAUCCAUGGAAGACUGCAGCGACGCGUGUUAGAGUGGCCCGUGAACGUGAAUUAUUGAAAUACAGGUCCUCCCUGUAUUAAAAAUCUGUAUAAGCGGUCACAUCCCUUGCUUCCAGGAUCGGAAUGUCGUACAAACGCCACCCCUUUUUGCGGGCUCCUGAGGGAUGUUUGCUCUUCUCGAUUCAUCAUUGCUCCCCAGGGGCUAUGGUGUUUAAAUAGCAUUGGGCUCACUAAAGACCGUGCACGAUUCCUACUCCCUUGACGCCUCGACUCCUAAACACCCACAGAAUUCAUUUGAGUCGAGUCAAGAAUGCGGCUUCUAGCUUCAAGGAUCCAAUCUAUUCUCUGGUGGCCCGGACUUCUACUAGCUCAGCUACUUCCUCCCCAUCCUGCCUCCGCUGAGGUAGCCAGUAUGCCCCUGACCUUGACAAACCCCCCGGGACCAUUUGCAGUCGGUUCUGCAAGAAUACAAGUCGACGAUGAGACAGAUAAGGAAAGUCCUGAUCAUGUCAUGCUACACUUUCGGUAUCCCACCUUGCACGCGAAUACAGUAACACGAGCCUUGUAUAUCCCAUCAGAAACAGCACGACAACUCGAGCAAACCUAUACACUGCCGGAAGGCGCCUUUGAUUGGGUACGAACUAACUCGUUCAAAGAUGCUGAUAUAGCGUGCCCGUUCCUCUCUCCCCACAGGUCUCUCCCGGUGAUCGUUUUCUCGCCGGGUCUGGGAUCCCCAGAGGGCCUGUACACGGUUUUUCAGGAGGCGCUGGCCAGUUGGGGCUACAUUGUCGUCGGAGUGGAACAUCCUUUAGGAGACCACCGAGCGAUGCAAGCCCUAGUGGAUCCGCUGAUGAAACUAUCCGACGUGCAAAGUCGAUUCACUCCAUUGUCAAGCAAUUCACUCCCCAGAAGAUGGCGACCUGGAUUCCGGGGUUUGAGGAGGCAACGAGAAGCCAAAAUGUGCGAGGGAUGACGGUCGGCAUGUUUGGGCAUUCACUCGGGGGAGCAGCAACAGCUCUGGCAAUGCAAGAUCCGUCAGUGGUUCAGGCUGGAUGUUCCCUUGAUGGGCCACUUUACGGUCCAGUGCUUACAACAGGGUUUCCAGGCCCGUUCCUUUUUCAGCUGGCCACUGCGCAUUUGGGAAAUUACAGCACCCUGCAGUCAGUAUGGCCGCGCAUCCGCGGUUGGAAGCGAGCGAUUGCCAUUAAGAGUGCAGCUCAUAAUGAUUUCAGCGACAUUGCAAUCCUGGCUUCCCUGGCACCUGAGUUAGGGAUCGCACAAAUCUUUCGCGGGAGUCUUGCGGCCAGCAAUCCGUUGCAAACUCUCCUGGCGGUGGAUGAAAAUCUCCGGGAUUUCUUUGACUUUGCGCUCCGGGGAAUAGGGGACGUUAACUUCCUGCGGGAGAAUACUACACUCCAAUUUACCGCCUCAAUCUAGGCACUGUAUUAUAGUGAUAUGGAUUCUAC